UCCAUCCUGUCAGCCCACAGACCUCCUCCAACUCAAACCACUUCACCUUCAUUCAAGAAGAGCAGGAUCUCCUCCGGGACUCCAGGGGUUAAACUUUUACCAGACUCAAAAACGAGAAGUGCUCAAACUGCUGCACUCAUGGCUGUAGUGAGGUUCUACAGUAAUGAAGCUGUGAAGGGACGGGCCUUACAGAGGGCAGCCAAGCUUUACCCCCACCUGUCAAUCACUACAGAGCUGUGCUACAAUGUGGAGCUGACAGGCUGUGAGAGUGUCAGUGCGGAGCAGAGGGAGGUUCUCCUCUGGUUGUUUCGUCCUCCCCUGCAGGCAGAACCGCUGUCUGAAAAGCCAAACCUGACAGAGGGCAGCGGGGAGAAACUGGUGGAGAUCGGGCCCAGAUUAAAUUUCUCCACCGCCUGGUCCACUAAUGCUGUGUCCAUCUGCCAGAGCGCCGGACUCACUAAUGUCACACGGGUCGAACUGUCUCGCAGGUUUCUAAUCAAGCCUGUUAAUGGUGACGGCCUGGACAAGCUCAACGGAGAUGUAAAGAAUCUGACUGAUUGUUUGUACGACAAUAUGACAGAGUGUAUUUAUCAGCGUCCAAUCACAUCCUUCUCUGUGGAGGCCAAACCACAGCAGGUAUUUGAAGUGGACAUCUUGGGAAAGGGUCGUGCAGCUUUAGAGGAGGUCAACGAUAAUCUAGGCCUGGCCUUUGAUUCCUGGGAUCUGGACUACUACACAUCCAUGUUCCAGCGUGUUAACAGGAACCCAACCAGUGUGGAGUGUUUUGACCUGGCCCAGUCCAACAGUGAGCACAGCCGUCACUGGUUCUUUCGGGGUCGGAUGCUGAUCGAUGGGCAGGAGCAGACGCAGACUCUUUUCAGCCUCAUAAUGGACACCCAGCGGCACAGCAACCAGAACAACGUCAUUAAGUUCUGUGACAACAGCAGUGGUAUCAAAGGCAUGGACGUGGACUGUCUGUACCCCAAAGACCCGUCCCAGCCCAGUCCAUAUGAGACUCGACCCUCACUGAGACAUGUGAUCUUCACUGCAGAGACACACAACUUCCCCACAGGUGUAGCUCCGUUCAGUGGCGCUACCACAGGGACAGGAGGUCGCAUCCGGGACGUUCAGAGCGCUGGACAAGGAGGUCAUGUCAUUGCAGGCACUGCGGGAUACUGCUUUGGGAACUUGCACAUACCAGGUUACAGUCUCCCCUGGGAGUCUCAAGGAGAAGGCUGGGAGUAUCCCUCCAGCUUUGCACCGCCGCUGCAGGUGGCCAUCGAGGCCAGCGACGGAGCCUCCGACUACGGCAACAAGUUUGGAGAACCGGUCCUAUCAGGUUUUGCCCGUUCCUUUGGCAUGAGGCUGUCCAACGGAGAGAGGCGAGAGUGGAUUAAGCCCAUCAUGUUCAGUGGUGGACUUGGUUCUAUUGACAACAAACAUUUGAAGAAGGAACAGGCAGAACCUGAAAUGGAAGUGGUGAAGAUCGGAGGGCCGGUAUACAGGAUUGGUGUGGGAGGAGGGGCGGCCUCCUCUGUGCAAGUCCAGGGCGACAACUGCAGCGACAGGGAUCUGGGUGCCGUGCAGAGGGGAGACGCUGAGAUGGAGCAGAAGAUGAACCGUGCUCUCAGGGCCUGUCUGGAGAGAAGUGAAGGGAACCCAAUCUGCAGUAUACAUGACCAGGGGGCAGGAGGAAAUGGUAAUGUGCUUAAGGAGCUCAGUGAGCCAGCAGGAGCUGUGAUAUACUGCAGUAGAUUCAAGAAAGGUGACCCCACGCUGAGUGUGUUGGAGCUGUGGGGGGCUGAGUAUCAGGAGAGCAAUGCAUUGCUGCUCCGCACAUCAGACAAGCCCUUCCUGGAGAGGGUCUGUCAGAGGGAGAAGUGUCCUGUCGACUUUGUGGGAAACAUCACUGGAGAUGGCAAGAUGGUUCUGGUGGACGAUGUUGGCGCAGUCAAUGGUGACCAGGCCAACGGUGAGCGCUGCCCAGUUGACCUGCAGCUGGAAUGGGUUCUGGGGAAGAUGCCUCAGAAGGAGUUUAAGAUGGAGCGCCUGACUCCAACUCUUCAGCCGCUGGUUCUUCCUGCCGGGCUGACCGUCAAAGAGGCUCUGGAUAGAGUUUUACGUCUGCCCGCUGUGGCAUCUAAACGCUACCUGACCAACAAGGUGGACCGGUCUGUGACUGGGCUGGUUGCCCAGCAACAGUGCGUCGGCCCUCUUCACACCCCACUGGCCGACGUGGCUGUUGUUGCUCUGUCACCAUUCACCCUCGAGGGAGCAGCGACAGCGAUCGGAGAGCAGCCAAUUAAAGGCCUCGUGCAUCCUGCAGCUGGGGCUCGCAUGGCUGUGGGAGAAGCUCUGACCAAUCUGGUGUUCGCCAGAGUCACAGCUUUGAAGGAUGUGAAGUGCAGUGGUAACUGGAUGUGGGCUGCCAAGCUGCCUGGGGAGGGAGCGUGCCUGUGGGACGCCUGCACCGCCAUGUGUGAGGUUAUGGGUCAUCUGGGAGUAGCCAUCGAUGGGGGCAAGGACUCUCUGAGUAUGGCUGCCAGAGUGGGAAAAGAGACGGUCAAAGCUCCAGGUGCUCUGGUUAUUUCAGCAUAUGCUGUUUGUCCUGACAUCACUGCUACUGUGACGCCUGAUCUUGAAGAUCCAGAUGGCAAAGGCGUCUUGUUGUGGGUUCCCCUCAGUCCAGGACAUCAUCGUCUGGGAGGUUCUGCCUUGGCUCAGUGCUUCAGUCAGCUGGGAGACUGCUCUCCUGACCUGGACCAGCCAGAACUACUGACUGCCUGCUUCAACACCACACAAACGCUCAUACACGACCAUCUUCUGAGUGCAGGACAUGACAUCAGUGACGGAGGCGUCAUUUCCUGCUUGUUGGAGAUGGCAUUUGCUGGAAACCGUGGCAUUGAUGUUGAGUUAUCAUCACAAGGUGCCGGAGUCAUGGAGCUGCUGUUCAGUGAGGAGCUGGGUUUGGUUCUCGAGGUGUCACAGUCUGACAUGGAAAUGGUGCAUCAGCGAUACAGUGAUGCAGGCGUGCAGUGUCAUUAUAUCGGCAGAACCCACGGCUUCGGACCAGAGGCUAUGGUCAGAGUUUGUGUGGAUGGACAGGAGGUACUGAGGGAACCCUUGCCUGAUCUCAGAGCAGUAUGGGAGGAUACCAGCUUCAGGCUGGAGUGUCUCCAGGCCAAUGAGCUCUGUGUAAAACAGGAAGAGGAAGGACUUGCCAAGAGGACGCAGCCCUACUUCAAACUGACCUUUGACCCUAAUGACACGCCUAACAUCACUGCAGGGCUGCCUCGGGUGGCGGUGGUCCGAGAGGAGGGCAGCAACGGAGACAGAGAGAUGUCAGUCUCUCUCUAUAUGGCAGGGUUUGAGGUGUGGGACGUCACGAUGCAGGACCUGUGCUCGGGCUCUUUAACCCUGGACCGUUUUAAAGCCGUGGUCUUUGUCGGUGGAUUCAGCUACGCAGACGUCCUGGGAUCAGCCAAAGGCUGGGCUGCUACCGUCACCUACAACCCAAAGGCCAAGGCUGAAUUCGAUCGCUUCCGGCAGCGGAACGACACACUUAGUCUAGGUGUGUGUAACGGCUGUCAGCUGCUGGCCCUGCUGGGCUGGGUGGGAGAAGCUGGGAACAGAACAGAGUCUGAUGUAGUGCUGACCCAUAAUAAGUCCGGCAGGUUUGAGUCCCGGUUUGUCAGCGUUGGAAUCCAGGAGUCACCGUCCAUCUGGCUCAGAGGCAUGGAGGGCUCAGCUCUGGGAGUGUGGGUCGCACACGGGGAAGGUCUGAUGCAAUUCUCUAGCUCCCAAGCCCAGGACCAGAUUAUUUCUGGUGGUCUCGCCCCCCUUCGUUACCUGGACGACCAAGGUCACCCCACUGAAGAGUACCCUCUGAACCCCAACGGUUCCCCACAGGGCAUAGCAGGACUCUGCUCCGCAGAUGGCAAACACCUGGCCAUGAUGCCUCACCCGGAGCGCUGCACCCUGAGCUGGCAGUGGCCCUGGGCCCCGAGAGACUUCAGACCUUCUCUCGAACCGUCACCCUGGCUUCGUAUGUUCAAGAAUGCAGCUGCCUGGUGCAGCAGCACAGAGUGAUGAUGCGUAAUGCACGUUUCUACUGUUAACUUUUAUCAUUGUCUGCUUGGGGUAUGCCUCAACUCAAGCUAACAUGCAUGUUUACACGUCCCAAUCCUCUAACACAUUUCUGUAUUUCCACGGUACGUACAAAAAUUUAGAGAGCUGUUCUGUAUUUCUUCAGUGUGCUGAUGUUAUCAGUAUUGUCUUAAAAUGAAAACGGUAAUUGCUUCUCUGUGUAUGACUGGCAUAAUAAGAUGUGUUGCUCCAAUGCUGAGCUCUGCUGAAACUUUAUACAUUAAAUGAAUUACU